GCUUAUUUGACAAAGACUGCAGAACUCAGGGCUACGUGAGAAACGUCAUCGUCAGUCUAAGCCAAUCAGAGGUAGAGUUAGGCGGGUCGUACAGGCAGGAGCGUGAUCCAGUGUUUGGGCCUAUGGUUUGGGCGGGAGUGGAUGCUAAUCCAAAUGUUCGGACUCUGAUAAUGGACCACAUUCAAAUGGUGGACUAUGUUAGACAGCAGCUGCUGGAACUGACAGAACAAACUGAGCAAGCCAUCGUUAGUACAGACUUUAUAUUAUACCGGGUUGACUGGCUGUUGGAAAGGAUAGGGCAGGUCUCAGCUCUCACAAACUCUGCGUUUCCUCAAGAGUUUGUUUCUGCUUUGGAAUCAGUUCGACAGGCUAUCCAACUUGAAAUGACCACGGCAGCUGAAGGUGGAACCGCGUAUCGAAGUCAGACACGGGACGAACAUACAGGACCAGGACGCCCUGCAAUACCAAUAUCUAUUAAUGUCAUAUGCAAGUAUCUUGAGCUGCGCAUCCCUGUUAGUAAGAUAGCCCUUGCUUUAAGGGUGUCUGAAAAAACAAUAUGGAGAAGAAUGCGAGACCACGACAUAAGAAUUUCAGAUUUCUAUGUUGACAUGGCUGAUGCAGAACUUGAUAAGAUUAUUUGUGACAUUCAACACUUGUUCCCCAACUGUGGCUACAAAAUGGUUCAAGGACAUCUAAAUGGACUAGGCCUGAGGAUUCAAACAUUACGAGUUCAACGAUCCAUGAGGAGAAACGAUCCUCAAGGAGUAAUGGAGCGCUCAUUGAGUCUUCACACAGUGAGAAGAAGAUGCUACAGUGUGCCUGCUCCAAACAGCUUGUGGCACAUAGAUGGGAAUCAUAAAUUAAUCAGGUGGCGCAUAGUUAUCCAUGGUGGCAUUGAUGGCUUCAGCAGACUUGUGGUUUAUCUUGGUGCAUCCACAAACAACAGGGCUAAGACGGUCCUAAAUCUGUUCCAACAUGCUGUCACAAACUACGGAAUUCCAUCUCGUGUGCGGAGUGACAAAGGAGGUGAAAACAGAGAUGUUGCUACUUUCAUGUUGCACCACAGAGGAACCAAUCGAAACUCUCACAUUGCGGGACGCAGUGUCCAUAACCAAAGAAUAGAGAGGCUGUGGCGAGAUGUUUACAUCUGUGUGUUGGAUGUUUUCCAUUCCAUCUUCUCAUGUUUGGAAAGCAUGGGUUUGCUACAUCCAGACAACGAGCUCCACCUGUAUGCUCUCCACUGGGUCUUCAUACCUGUGAUCCAGUCCCAUCUCGACUUCUUUGUCCAGGGAUGGAACAACCACAGCAUCCGAACUGCCAGGAAUAUGUCUCCCCUGCAAAUGUGGCAUGUGUUCAGGAACAGUGAAGAAAUCAUGCAGGUCAGUGAAGAAUAUGGGACUGACUGGAGUGGACCAAGUGCAGCAGGGGUGGACACUCAUCUUGACAUUCCAGAGACUGAGCUUCCAAGGCAGCUUACUGAAGCAGACUUUGCCCUUUUACCUCAACCAAGCACAGAGCAACGUGACUACGGUGUUCAACUUUAUUGUGAAACUGUGGAAGUAUUGUCUAGAUUAUUUUAAGGAGAACCAGGGCAUGUCCAAGAUACAGCACAACUACAGUAAUUCAGCCCCCCAACAGACCGGAAGACUUUGUCUUUGACAAACUACCCUUCUCCUUGUAGUCCUCUCCUGACAAAAUGCAUAUAUAUAUGCUCACAGAAGACAAGACACCGAACAUUUUUGAUAAAAAGGGAAGUCCUUGAUUGAGAUUAAUUAACUGUAACAUGCCUGUAUUUUGCUUUACUACACUACUAAGAAAGACAAUAAAAUGUUAGUUACUAGUCAA